AUGGUAUUAUUUAGAUAUUCAUUAGAACUUUGUUCUCGAUAUCGUUUAUUAUCUCAACAAACUCGAUUUCUACAUCGAUCAACAUAUCUUUUAGCACGUGGUAUUCGUCAUUCUGUUGAACAUCCACCAAUAUCAACAUCAUCAUUUACAAAUUUAGAUCAAAAUAUAUCAAUAGAUAAUGAUGAUAAUAAUAAUAAUAAUAAUCAAAUGUCUAUACAAGAACAAUUUGCUCGUCUCGAAUUACAACGACUUGAACAAGAAUCAAAACAGAUUAAAGAUGAAUCUAGUUCAUUUGUAGAUGAAGAUAAUUUAAAUCAAGAAGAAUUUGAAAAUGAAGAAAAAUUAUCACGACCAUUCAUUGAUCCAAGUACAACAAGUAUUAUUCUUUUUCCUGGUCAAGGUACACAAUUUAUUGGUAUGGGACAACAAGUUAUUAAUUAUCCAAAUGUUAAAGAAAUGUUUAAUAUUGCUCAUCGAAUACUUGGUUAUGAUCUUUAUUCUAAAUGAAAAUCAACAUUCUAUGAUAUAUUAAGUGGUUGUAUCUCCACUAAAAGAUAUAAAGCUCGAAUAAUGAUUGAUGAAACAAUUGAAUUACCUAAUGGAUUUCAUAAUAUUGAAUCGCUCCGAACAGUUGUACUUCAAGAUACACAAAUGGAUUUUUGUUCUUCAAUUUAUACAAUGAUCACUGACUCGGAAUACGAUUGUCAAUCAGUUAUUUCACGCGAAGACGAAGAAUGA